UACGCACGGCGCACGUCUGUUCCACUUGCACGUCAGCGUCCAGAUGAAGGAGACACAAGGCUCAUAGGCGCAAGUAUUCCGAGAGCGUUUGGAACCUUGCGUUAGCUCGUAUUCUCCGGCGGAAAUACCAGGGAGCAAAGAGGGCUCGCUGCGCGCCUUUUCGUGUGGCGACAGCAUUGAAAACACUUUUUUUUUCAAGGAAAAUUGUCUUCGACUUCCGUUUUUUUAAGCUUGCAGUAUCAGUCAUCCCGCUCUGCAUUAGCACCAUCCAUUCAGUUGACGACACCUGUCCAAGUCCGGUCUGAGCUGCGACAAGCCGCGAUUUCAUCUGAUCAGCAUGAAUCCACAUCCUGUUUUAAACUGAAUAAGUGCAAGCCAGCCAGCAAACAGUUCACUGCAGACCUUUCACACACCCCUGACCACUAGUCUGUAACUUCAGCCAGACACUGAAAGGACAGAUUCAUUAGGCCGCCCACCCGCCCAAUUAGGAGCCAGAUGGCGCUUCUGGCCAAUCAAAUCAUGGAUGCAAGAAUUCUCAGCAGCAUGAAUGGCAGAGUUGAGCUCUCGCAGUUCUUGAGGGUUACCAAUCAAAGCAUUGUUACCCAGGUCAACGCCGUCCAGGAUGACAAUCGCAAGAACAGGAAGUAUCCUUGCCCGUUGUGCGGAAAGCGAUUCCGCUUUAACAGCAUCCUUUCGCUUCACAUGCGCACACACACCGGUGAAAAGCCCUUCAAGUGUCCCUACUGUGACCACCGGGCUGCGCAGAAGGGAAACCUGAAGAUACACCUGCGGACCCACAAGCAAGGCAUUCUGGGUAAAGGCCGUGGCCGCAUUAGAGAGGAGAACAGGUUGCUUCAUGAGCUUGAAGAAAGGGCCAUACUAAGGGACAGGCAGAUGCGAGCCAGUCAUGUUGGCCCUCAGCAAACAUCUGUAAUAACCCAACAUCAACAACCCCAACAGGCCCCGAUACAAAACCCAUUCCCCAAUAGCCAACCAGUAUCAUCCACAUCCCCUAAAGUCCCGAUGAUCCACGAAGAGCCCAACCAGCCUCCACCCGCCGGCUUCCGCUGCUCAUUCUGCAAGGGCAAGUUCAGGAAGCAGCAGGAACUUGAACGCCACAUCCGGAUCCUGCACAAGCCCUACAAAUGCACCUUGUGUGAGUUUGCUGCCUCACACGAGGAAGAGCUCAUCGGUCAUGUUGAGACGACACACAUAACCACCGAUUCGAGUUCAGGACAAAAGCCUGUGGCGGGGACCAAUGACAAGGGGAAGCCUGUUGGUGAAUUUCCCUGUGAUGUUUGCGGCCAGACCUUCAGCCAAGCCUGGUUCCUCAAAGGUCACAUGAGGAAACACAAGGACUCUUUUGAGCACUGCUGUCAAAUUUGUGGCCGUCGCUUCAAAGAACCCUGGUUUCUCAAGAACCACAUGAAGGUUCACCUCAAUAAGCUGGCUUCUAAGGGUAAUCUCCCGCCUGACCAUGACAACUCCGUUAAAAUGCGCCACCCAGCAGAAGAUUAUCAGAGUAGCCUUUACUCACAGUACAUCUCCCGCAUUCACAACAGGUUCCUCACUGCAGAGAGAGCUGACCAGACAGAAUACAGCCAAUUACUCGCCACGGCCGGUGUUGACUUGAAGGUUAUUGAGAUGUUAGGGAGAGGGGUUUCCUCUGGUCUUAGCCCUUCAACUGAUGCAAAGAGCUCCUCUUUGUUGGGCUUAAAUCAGCUUCACCCUCCCCUGAGCUCUGCCAAUCUGGACUAUCUGCAGAAGGUCAUCUCCAGCAGAGAGGCAGUGAGCUACCCAGGCUGGCAGAUCAUGACACCAGGGCUGCAGGUUGAACCGCACAUGUUCAACCCUAAAGAUCAGCAACAUCAGCACAGCUCCUCCUACCUGCCUGAGCGACGCCUCCCUGUGGACGACGGGAAAGCAGGUCUUGCUGACCAAGACGCCAACGCGGGGAGCCGGCCCAGCAGUAAAGGCAGCCUGAGUCAUCACGGGCCAACCGACGUCACCCCAGAGAUCGGGAACACCCACUCUCGAAGUGCCCUUGAACGUCGACCACGAUCCUCUUCCCCAGCUUCAGCUAUAGGUGACAAUGCCUACAAGUGUCCACCCUCCGCUGACUACACCGCCAUUGGUUUCCAGCUGGACCGCUACCACUUCCCACCCUGGCAGAACAGCAGGGAUCUGUCCUCCCCUCUGCAGCCCACCGGCGGCAGCAGGAGCUCGAGCCCCAACCCAAAGCCCAGACCACGUUCCAGGGAGGACAGGAGCCCAGCGAGUAGUCAAUACCUUCCUGCAGAGAGCCACAGUGAAAAUCCCCUGCUGGUCCCUGACAAGAAUCCAGGCAGUGAUAGUCCUUCAUCCGCUCUCACCAACAAGUCCCAGUAUGAGCCUUUAGACUUGUCUGUGUCCUCGCAUCCCACCAUGUCUCCUGCGUUGCUGCUCCAAAUGUCUGGCAUGUUCAGCAAUGGACUCAAUCCACUUCACAGUUACCCAGCAGAGCUGGAUGCCAAACCAGCGUACACGUGUGACCUUUUGGGAGUAAAAGAAGGCGUGAGCGGUUCGACGGGUGACGUUGAGAAAGCAACCCUGGAAGAAGAGAAGCGGGACGGGUCAGGUGAAGAUGCCAUCGAGUGGAAGAUGCUGAAGGAUGUGGGUCAGGCCGACGACAAGAUGGGCCAGUGGGCCCCAACACAACCAAGCAUGUCCUCACCUGACAACCUGACUCCAGAGCCGAUGAGCCCCUAUCCGCAAGCUGGCCUUCUGUCUCUCCUCAGGGCCCAGAAGAACCGCGGCAGCAUCCAUAGGACCAUAUUGAACGGCGGGGGGAACGUGAAUAAUGUCACAUCAGUUGAAACUUCUAACUGAUUCAAACUGAGCUAAGGAAGACACAGGUGUGCCCGCUUGAUUACCUGCACGCUUUAAGGACUGAUAUAAUCUCCUUGUGUGAUAGGUUACAAAUGGCCCAAGCCAGUUGAGCCCCCCCCCCCCGCUCCCCCGACAGAGAGGCUUAAAGCUCUUGUGCUGGUGUGCAACGCUUGCUGAGUGCAGAUUUAAUAAUGCUGUCUCUCAUGAGAGGGGAUCCAACAGCUGGGGUCUUUGAUAUGCAUGUAUUAGGAGUGCAACAUGAUACACCUUCUCUGCCCCCCCCCCUUUUUUUGAUUCUGAAACUCAAUAUGUUCACGUGAAAGACAGGAAAGUGCCUGUCAACUCCAUUAGGGAUUCACAUCUGUUCCCUUUCUUUACGAUUGGAACAGCUACUCGUAGUUGUGUGUCACCGUGCACAGAUGGUUAUGACAAUAUGGCAAAAGGCGCCUCUCCCCUGCAACGCCUCUCAGACUUGUCACGCCGUCGUAAUUGCACCUAAUGCCAUUUGGAUUUCAAAAAGACAAAUCAGCCUGACUUGACAUGUCGGAGGACUCAUAUUUCAGAAUCUUCUGAGUGUACGACAGUUGGCAUCAAGCAACGUCCCUGUCUGUGGAGAUUCACAGGUGUCAAAUUGUUUUUUUCAAUUGUGACAGAAAACUUGUAAGGCAUGCAGCUAGGGCUCUAUAUAUUUUAUUAUUUUGUUAUUAUUUUAUUAGUAUUAUUAUGAUUUUAUUUUUAUAUUCUGAAGAUUUUUUUGUUGUCUAACUAUAUAGUAGUAUAGUAGUGCUGUAACCCCUCGUCUAUCACGGUUCAUUGGUUAAUUGGAAAACCUCUUUAAGACCUGCUAAAUACAUUUCUUAAACAUUAUUAGAGCCCUCUAGACGUGAAUGAGCACCCCUGUAGCCACCGUUACACUCCGUUAUAGUAGACAUCCAUCCAUCAAUGCCGCUUAUCCUCACUAGGGUGGCGAGGGUAUGCUGGAGCCUAUCCCGGCUGAUCUCGCACACCCUGGACUGGUCGCCAGCCAAUCACAGUGCACAUAUAUACUAACAAUCAUUCACACUCACACCUAUGGACAAUUUAGAGACGCCAAUUAACCUAACACGCAUAUUUUUGGAAUGUGGGAGGAGAAAACCCACGCAUGGGGAGAACAUGCAAACUCCACACAGAGAUGUCCAAGUGGAGAUUCGAACCCAGACUGUUCUCCUGACUCUGUGACCACGAUGCUAACCGCUUGGCCACCACGCGGCCUUAUAGUAGACAUAAUAAGAGCAAAUAAGCCAUUUAAGGCAUAAAUAAGACUUGUGCUCGUGUGUGUUGCUCUAAAUGUGUUCCCCAGGGCAGUGGUUCUCAACUGGUUUGGCUGCGGGACCCACCAUCACCACUCAAUGACAAGCAGCGAUCCAACUUUUUAAUGUCAAACUUCUCAAAUAUCUGAUAUUUAAAGGGACUGUUUGCAACACAAUGCUAGUGGUAGCAGUGAGACACUGUGCUGUCUUCAUGAUGCGCUCUUCUCCAGCAGAUAUCUGCAGCUGUGUGUCGGACAGACAUCAGGUUAAGUCCCCACUCGAUGUUCUUCCCCUCCAGCUUAACCUAAAGUCGCCCACAAACAUGGCCUCGUGGCUGCGUAGCAAGCGAAUAGCACAGACAAGUAGGCAUGGUGCGUUCACGGACAGCAGGUCAUCAUUUUAGCUUUUUUGCCCAGGCAUAACCCCAUGACCCACUGAAAACGACUCUGCGACCCACUUUCGCUUUGCGACCUACCAAUUGAGAAUCUCUGCCCGAGGGAACCUGAAUGGUGGGCGGACAGGAAGUGAGGUCAGGUGUUCAGAGUUAAAUUUAGCUUGGCGUGGGCGCCACAACAGUAGCCCGUGUUCAUAUUAGGGAUUUUUAGUAGGGAUUAUUGUGCCAUUUGUGAGAUCUUUCAAACCUGCAAUAAAAGCCUUUUGUUCUGGCGACCAAGUCUGGUGCUUGUGUGUCUCACCGAUCAUUACAGUAACAAUUACUGACACAUAGUGACCGGUGUAGAACACUACAUAUCAGUCACAGCAUCUUUGAGGUGCACAGCAGUCAUGACGACGAUGUGGCCCGUGGUGAAAACAAGUCUGCUGUAGGACAAACGUAUUGGGACACCUGAUCUGAUAAAUUAAAUAUAAUAUAUGUCAUAUAACAAAACAAAACAAAGAUAUAUGGAGUUGGGCUACCGUACAGUACAGCAGAAUUUGAAAUUGUGAUGUUAAUAUAUGACUUUGAACUUUGUGUUUGUUCAUUCAUUCAUUCAUUCAU